GUGCCUGUGGUUUUUCAUCUGGCUGGUGGUUUUGACAUUUUCGGUUUUUUUGGUUAUGAGAAAUCCUUUCGAAAUCAACACUUCUUGCGAACAGUGGGUAGCUGCGGAGGGGCGCGUGCGGGCGGCCAAGCCCUGCGUGAUCAGCGGCUGGGCUGCUGCGCAUUUGCGUUGGGCUCUUUUUUUUGCUUUUUGCAUUUCUCUUUUUUUGUCUUUUUUCAUUUCUCUUUUCAUUUAUUUCUUCGCCAACAAGCGGCUCAAACGCUUCCGAAACAACAAACGAAUGCUCCGCAAGUCCCACGCAAACCCCGCGCAAAACCAGGUUAGGGGCCCCACCGCCUUGAGUGCCGCGUUGGAGACAGCAGAAGCAGAAGCAGCAGAAGCAGCAGGAGCAGCAGCAGCAGCAGAAGCAGCAGAAGCAGCAGGGAACCAGAAGAUCACUCCCGCCAGAGGAUUCGCCAUGGAGCUCGGAGCUGCUUGGGUUAGCUAG